UUUACCGGGAUGGAUCUCACUGAAACCACGUCGCGCUGCGGGCUCCGGGGUCUGGCGGAGUCCGUGUCGGAGCAGCUCCGGCGGGUCGGGGAGGAGGUCUUGGGGCUGUUGGAGAAGCGCAGGAGCGGGUCCGGAUCGUCGGGAGGCCGCCUGCUCCACCUGCUGCGGCUGCUCCUCUCCGAGCGGCUGGCGGCGGCGGCGGAGCGGAUCGUGGGGCUGUUGGAGCGGGAGGUGGAGGAGUGUCGGCGGCAGCUGGAGCGACAGAGCCGGCUGCUGCAGGCCGUGCUGAGCCCGGUGGUCCGACUGAACCGGACAGACUCCAUCUGCUCAUCUACUCUCAGGACGACCAGCGCUGAUGGAAACCAGACCCCGCUGUCAGAGGUUGACCCCACCCGCCCCCCCACAGCCCCACCCAGCUUCAUCGCCUCAGACGUCUCUGCAGCCGAAAGCAACAACAGCGGUGACGACUGGAGGGGCGGUGACAGCUCCUCCCGAAAUAAAGACAAAAACAGGAUGAGGACCGAUGGAGGACGGCGAUCCAGCAGCAGGAGACAGCUGGCGACUCACCGCUGUGUCAUCUGUAGAAAAACUUUCCGCCACAAAGGGAAUCUGGUGAAACACGCGGAAUCCCAUGCAGACAACCCUGAGUCUCUCUGUGGGGUCUGUGAGGAACGUUUCGAGUCCUCAGACGGUUUGUUGGACCAUCUCAGAUCUCACAGAGAAACCAUCGGCGGUGGCGGGACGUGUGAAAUCUGUGGCAAAACGUUCCAGAACAUGGAAACGCACAUGAGGAGUCACACAGGAGUCAAACCGUUCAGCUGCGCUGUUUGCAGCAAGAGCUUCCCCCGACCCGGAGCGCUGAGGAGGCACAGGAAGAUCCACAACAGGAGGACCUCCGACAUCUGCCCGGUUUGUGGACUGAUCUUCACCCCAAACCACAUGCUCCAUGAGCACCUUAAGACCCAUGAAGAGGACAACGGAGACCAGAGUGAGGACAACGAGGGCGAGGACGAUCAGACAGAGACGCUGAAACCAAAGAGAGACAAAAGACAAACCUCAGGACUGAAGUCCUGUCAGUCGGCCUUGCUCUGCUGCAGAGUCUGCGGUGAUUCCUUCCACAGCCGAGGGUUCUUACGGAAACACGCUGAGAUGCACUGCAGGGAGUCUCAGGGCGUCUGCGGCGUCUGUGGACAGCAGGUGGACUCACCUGACAGUCUGCUGACUCACCUGCAGUCUCACAGAGAGACCAGCGGGACCUGCACUGUCUGCGGGAAGAGUUUCCAGAACAUGGAGACGCAUAUGCGAAGCCACACAGGGAUCAAACCCUACCGCUGCAGCGUCUGUAACAAACGCUUCCCCCGACCCGGAGCGCUGAGGCGCCACAAGAAGAUCCACAGUGGGGAGCGACCGUACACCUGCCAGCGCUGCGGGAAGACCUUCGUCGAGAGUAGCGCCUUAAAGACUCACAGCAGGAGUCACUCAUGGGAGAUCCAUGAUGACAAGGACCCCGAGCCGCCAGCAGAAUCUCAGAACCUGAAGUCUGAGAUGGAGGAAAGUCGAACUGUCCAAGGGGACACCAAGACGUCAACUCAGACUUCUCACUGCUGUAAAAUCUGCAGCGAAUCUUUUCAGAGUAAAGGCAGUUUGAGGAAACACGCAAAGAAUCACUCAGCAGAGUCCGUCUGUGGUGUCUGUGGGGAAAGUUUCUCGCCGUCAGUGACCCUGACAGACCACCUGCAGACUCACAGAGACGCCGGCAAAAUCUGUCACAUCUGCGGUAAAACCUACCAGAACAUCGAGACUCACAUGCGUAGUCACACCGGUGUCAAACCGUACCGCUGCAGCGUCUGCAGUAAAUCCUUCCCACGACCUGGUGCUCUGCGGCGCCACAAAAGGAUCCACAGCGGGGAGAGACCGUACAUCUGCGAGUUCUGCGGGAAGACAUUUAUUGAUAACGGCGCCCUGACGACGCACAUCAGGAACCACACUGGAGACAAACCCGCGCAUCGUGUCUCCUGUGAGACCUGUGGGAAGAGCCUGGCGUCGGUCCACGUCCUGGAGGUCCACAAGAGGAUCCACACAGGCGAGAAGCCAUUUCAGUGCCGCGUCUGCGGGAAAGCCUUCAGGCAGGUGGGAGGGCUGAACGCACACAUGCUGACCCACACCGGAGAGAAGCCUUUCAGCUGCAGCCUCUGCAACAAGAGCUUCAGCACCAAAGGAUACCUGGAGACCCACAUCCGCUUCCACAAGAAAGAGCGAGCGUUCAGCUGCCACCUGUGCUGGAAGGCCUUCGUCACCAAGAACGACCUGAAGAAACACCUGCUGACCCACACUGGAGAGAAACCCUACAGUUGCAGGGUUUGCGGGAAGAGCUAUCAGGAGAAACGCUCCAGAGACGUCCACAUGAAGGUCCACCUGGACGUCCGGAUCAGCAAAGAGCCAAUCAGGAGGGAGGACAGUCUGCAACCAGAGUUCAUACAGCUGUAGAGUUGAUACAGACCAGUGUUUAUACUGGUUUUACAAACCGGUUUGUUAAAUUGUUGAACUGAUGAACAGAAAUCUACUGCGAUGGUCCUUUGGUCAUCAUGAGGGACAUAAAACUGUUUCCAAAACGAGGUCCAGAAUCACAACCCAAAAUUGGUCUUUAACUUUCAAAUAGUGUUUGACAGUUUCACAAAGUAAAAUUUUAUUUUAUUUUUUUAAUUUUUCAAUCUCCGGUACUGACAUUUCUUGCAGCGGUGACAUCCAUGAUGACGCUAAGGAAAUUGCUUCACGUGCUCCAAAAAAUAAGUCUGUUCCUUUUUUUUUUUUUUUUUUUU